CUCGGCCGGCAACGCUGCGAGAUGCUGAAGCUGGAGGUGGCGGUGAGCGCGGUGGGGCUGCGGGCGCCUUCGCCCCGGCGGCAGCGGAGCCCCGGCAAGGCUCAUACGGUAUUCAGAGUGGAGAUCAUGUGUAACGGGAGGAAACAUUGCGUGGAGAAGCGCUACAGCGAGUUUUACGCACUUCACAAAAGGAUCAAGAGGAGUUGCCUGGUUCCCGACUUCCCACCCAAGCGGGUCCCCAAAUGGAUGGUGAAAGUUCUGCAGCAACGGCGGGCCGGCUUAGAAGCUUAUCUGCAGGGCGUCAUCUUGCAGAACGAAACCCUUCCCAAGGAGCUGCUCCAUUUUUUGAAGCUGUGGCAGGGCCAACCGGAGCCCCAUUUGGGAUGGGAUGAGAAUUCGCCCUUGCAAGACUUCAGCCCUUGCUGGGACCAGCUCUCUCAUCGGCCUGGCGUAAGCUUCCACAGCGAUCCGUAUGUGCUCCCAUCUUCCACAGAUUUGCUUCCGAAUAUAAUCCUGAACGGCGUCCUGCAGGGUCUCUACGCCCAAGACCACCGUCUUCCUGGAAGCAAAGCUCUUAACCGAGUCAGAGAUGCCAAGGACAAUGGCAGUGGACCAUGGGCUUGGUCUUCUGCUGUGCCUGUCUUCCUUGCCUAGGGUGGCAAUGGAGAGGCCUGCUUUGCAACCUUGUGCCUGGAGAGAGAGGAAGCGUGUAAAAAGCAGAGGGACGGAGGGCACGACAGACCCGCUGCACAAGCGCCCCCCCCCCCC